AUUUGGCCUGUCCCCAACUUUUCUUGUCCUGGCUCAUCACAUCUGCGCUCUGAAUAGCUUUGAACUCAGUCUCGACUGCCAGCAUCUUUCCCGAUUUACGGCUGACCCCGCCGUCCCAUGUCAACCUGGUCGUUGGCGCGUGAGUGAGCCGUCACAUCCACGAAUUCAUCAUGGCGACCGACUAUGAAGGCCCCGAUCCCGCCACUUUCUUUGUUCGAGCUCUUUACGAUUAUCGAUCUGCUGAUUCCUCUUCUCUCACAUUCCACAAAGGGGACCUAAUCGAGGUGCUCACCCAGCUAGAUUCGGGCUGGUGGGAUGGCCUGCUGGAGGACGAGCGAGGGUGGUUCCCAAGCAAUUAUGUGGUUCCUGUAUCGGAACACGAGGUAGAACAAGAAUUUCGAGAUAAUGGCUACUAUCAAGAACGACUGGAAAUCGUACCAGAGUCCAUGGCACCAGGGCAGAGCAGCUUAAUCAAUGACCCGUCAUGGGGGUCGAAUGAAAAUAAUAUGGGAGCAAGUGUGGCGACGUCGACGCUGUCUUCCUUUGUACCUCACUCUGCUCGUGCCCCUUCUACCGAGUCUUGGAUUCCGAAGAUGUCUCAAUCGGGCCAUAUAUACUACCUUAACCCAGAUACCGGCGAGGAAAGCAGCGAGCUUCCAACAAUGCUGGAGGAUCACACAGAAGAGGAUACGACAUCACGGGAAGCAAGCAUGAACAACAUGUUUGACUCAUCCCGUCAUGCUGAUUUGAGCGUGAUGGAUGGCCAAGCGGGACCGCGCGGUCGUACGCCGGAUCCUUGGAUCCGCAAGAUGACUGACGAUGGAAUGGCAUAUUACUACUGGAAUCCUGUCAAUCACGAAGUUCGUUGGACCCCCCCGUCACCUGCUUUGGGCGCUAGAGAACGUCGAGAUCUUGUGAGUCAGACGUACACGAAUGGCACCAUGAGACGUGGGACGGCCAGCUCGGCUGCCUCAGAUUUUGCCGGCUUGUAUGCCGAUGGUCCGUUCUAUAAUGGCCCGUUGCACGAUGUGCCGACUCUAUUCGCGGAGUUGGGAUACGGCGACAGCUACAACACGAAUACGGACCGAAGGCCGCUGCCCUCCAUCAGCAGCAGCAGUGCUUAUUCCGGCGGUCGUCGACCUAGAGCAAUUCGACGUCUACCGGAUGCGCCCCUUGUUGACCACCACACGGCUCUGGAAUUCGCGAUCGACCUGCAAUCGGCUAUGGAACCUGAGGAGACAUCGCCCUCCAUCCAGGAAUGCUCCACCUCGGCUCGUGAAUCCAUUCAAGUGGUGAUCGACACUGCCACGCAUGUUAUGGACGAAAGUCCCAACACUCCCCGCGACGGCAUCGAUUUCAUCCGAGAGCGACGACUAGAAGGUCGCUUUGAUAAUCAUGACAACCAGCAUCCCCAGUUAUCUGGCCGUGUUGCCAUAGCAGCGUCCACAGUAUUGGAUCUUCUGCUUGCUUCCGGAAAACUCUUGCCGCCUAUCCAAGAAUCGGACUUGAACGGCGAAGCACCUACGCAGGAAUACCUGAAAACUGUUACUUCGGACCCACUGACAGGAUUCCAUCGAAAAGUGGCUGCCAAUCUUUCUCGUCUCAUCCUCUCUGCUCGCGCUGCAGACUCCGUCCCAGAUGCUCGACCUCCGGAAAUGGCAGCCACGUUAGAACGUGACGCCCGCGAUCUGGAAAGAUCCGUCGUUGCAUUCGUACUGGAACUCGACAAGAAGAGCGGGGUGUCUUCUUCUCGUCGUAUCAGAGCCUCUCUUAGCUCUGGGCACGGUGUUGCUGGUAUCGGAACAGGUAUCCUUGGUGGCGGUGUUGGUUCGAGCUGGAAGGCGAAUGGAUUUGUCUCUCCCCAGGACGAAGAGACGACUUGCCGGACCGUUCCAGGUGCCGAUGCGAUCAAGGACUUAAACGAGCUCGGCAUCUCCGUAGAUGAUCAACUCACCAAGCUAUCAGAAGUAAUCAACAUGGCAUACAGCCAUCCGUACGAUACAAUCGUAGGAUCCUCUACAGAUCCUUAUUUGGAGAACGGCGACCCGAUUGUAGCAGAAUCGAGUUUCAGCGAAGUGCCGCCAAGUAUAUCACGGGAAGUAACUAUGCAAGUUGUCCAACAAUCCCAAGUUGUUCUUGCGGAGCUUAGUCGGUUUCUACACUUCGCUGAAGACCUAGAUCUUGCUUCACAUCUCGAUUUCGACGGCAGCCCGGGGCCCAUAUCUGUGACAGCUGCCCCCAACGCUCUGCCGGAUGACUACGGAUCCAAUGUUCGACAAGCAAGACACCUUGUUCGCGCGUUCGAGAUUCUCAAACAAUCGAUAUAUGACCAAGGCUCGUUACUCUUGCUGGAUGCCCAGAGAGCAUGUUCUCUUCGUUCGACCGCGCUAGUAGAGAACUUCAAUGAAAGCCCUUUCCACGGCAUGCUGUCAGCUUCGUCAACCCUGAAGUCUGGAGUAAUUGAAGUCUUAGAAACGUUGGAAUCCCUUGUGGACAUUGUUACAGCGCAAGCAGGGGCAGCCCUGCGUAGCGAACAAGGUCAUAUCGGGUCACGCUCCCCCAAUCAUCACCAGUUGGCCCACAGCACCUCUGGCGAUUUCGCUGCCGUGGUCGGACGCAAUACAUCUGGCAACACUUUUGCCGGUCUCAUCGAACGGGACAGCGAAUCGACGAUUGUAAAUCCCAUUCACCCUUUCAGUGCGGCAGGAGGCUCGGAGAGCUAUCGAUCCCGAACUCAUAGACGUAGAAGCGACAUACCUGCUACCGAUAACAGCGCAUCGGCCGCAACGAAUACUGCUAUUCCAUCUCAUCCUCCUGCGGAGUCUCCAACUCUUGCGGAUGACAUCAUGCGCAACGAUUCUGACUGGCCUCCUGACGAUAUUGCGGUGCCGAAGAAUCCAGAUCCAUCAGACCCCGUCGUCAUUUCAAAGCGAGAACGGAAGUUGAAAAACCUCCUUGGCGCCGAUGCUCCCAUCGCCGCGCAAACAACCCCUACCGAGUCUGAAUAUAUGAGAAGAAUGUACGGGCCCCCAGAUAUCCUACUAAACUCAGAUCUUGGGGUUCGCGGAGGCACUCUUCCUGCGCUGGUUGAGCAUUUGACAUUACAUAACAGAUUGGAUUCCACGUUCAACGAGACAUUCUUAAUGACUUUCAAGUCUUUCGCUACAGUCGAUGAAGUUGUGACGGAAUUGAUCACGCGAUUCAAUCUACCACCACCUCCAAAUCUCUCUCCACAGCAGUACGCUGAAUGGAAAGAUGACAAGCAAAAGCGAUAUCGUUUCAGAACAAUGAACAUAUUGAAGGCGCUUAUUCAAUCCCAAACGUUGGACCAGAAUGACCUUCACGUGUUGGAUCGAAUUAGAGACUUCGCUGAGAGCAUUCAAGAAUCAGAUAUGAUGGCUCCUAAAAUGCAAGUGCUGCAGACAAUCAAAAUGAGAACGGACGAGGCACAGGCCAAAAAGUACACAGCGAAUGGACUGCAAGAUCCGCCUCCGUCAAUAUUGCCAAAGAACUUGAAGAAGUUCAAAUUGCAUGAACUGGACCCGGUUGAACUGGCACGUCAGUUAACUAUUAUGGAGAGUCGGCUUUUCAACCGUGUGCAUGCCAUUGAGUGCCUGGAACGUGGAAAGGACAAAUCCACGAACACUGAGGACAACAUCAAGGCUAUCAUACAUAUGAGUAAUCAAAUGGCAGCAUGGGUCACGGACACAGUGCUGGCAAAGGACGAGGUAAAGAAGCGUGCUGCAGUUAUCAGGUUCUGGAUCAGUGUUGCGGAGCAAUGCAAACGACUCAAAAAUUUCUCCACAAUGGCUGCUCUUGUGGCCGGUCUGAACUGUCCUCCUAUCCGACGGUUACGAAGGUCAUGGGAGCAGGUUCAUCAGCGCGCGAACGCCGUCCUGGCUGAUCUGGAGAAGACGAUUGAUUCGGGCAGAAAUUUCGCCGAGUACCGGAGACUACUAGCCACCAUUGAUCUGCCCUGCGUCCCUUUUUUUGGCCUAUUUUUGAAAGACCUUACAUUCAUACAAGACGGGAACAAUAACUUCAUUCCUGUGGCUGGCGGAAAAGUUAUCAACUUUGACAAACGUCAGAAGUCUUCCCAAGUGAUCCGAGAAAUUCGACGCUACCAGGCUGCAUCAUACGAUCUUAUGCCUGUCGAAGUCAUUAUUGAAUUCAUCGAACAGAGCUUGGAGUCGGUGCACCAAGAAACUGAUUACUGGCCGAUAAGUCUCGAAAGAGAGCCCCGAGAGAGAGAAGAAGAGAGGAUGGCCCGCCUGCUACAGGAAUCUGGUUUCCUAUGAUGGGUGCUAACAGUGCCUUCGUGUCACGACUGUACUAUACCGAUAUCAUGUCCUAGCACAAGUCCAAUUGCUUCUAUGUAUAGGCACGGAGACAAAUGGAAGUUUAUC